CCGUUUUCUUCUCUCUCUCUUCUUUAUCGCGACGCGAGCGUUACGAAUUGGUGUUCUCUAUCUACUCCACGCCCUCCCUCUAGGGUUCAACCCCAAUUUUUCGAUUCCGUCGCGAAGAUGAUGCAACCAGGCAGCAUGGUCCCGCCACCAAUGGCUCCGAUGUCGGCAGAUCCGUCGCAGCAGCAGCAGCCUCCUCCGCCGCAGUACCAGCAGCCACCUCAGCAGUGGAUGAUGCAGGCGCAGCAGCAGCAGCAGCCGCCGAUGCAACCACAGCCUCCCGCCGCCUGGGCCCACCAGCCGCCGCCGGCGAUGUCUCAUGCCAUGCCUGUUCCUUAUCAAACUCAGCAGCCGCAACAGUAUGCUGGCGCCUACACCGCCACCGCUCCCGCGGCUUCUUCUAGCCCCAGCGAAGUUAAGUCUCUUUGGAUUGGGGACUUGCAGUAUUGGAUGGAUGAGAGUUAUGUCAACGGCUGCUUCGCUCAUACUGGAGAGGUUGCUGCUGUAAAGGUCAUUCGUAACAAAUUCACCACACAAUCUGAGGGUUAUGGCUUCAUUGAGUUCAGGUCUCAUGCAGCUGCUGAGUCCGUAUUACAAACAUAUAAUGGUACUCUGAUGCCAAACACAGACCAGAAUUUCCGGCUGAAUUGGGCAACUCUUGGAGCUGGUGAGAGAAGGGAUAACACCCCUGACUAUACAAUUUUUGUUGGAGAUUUGGCUGCUGAUGUUACUGAUUACUUACUACAAGAAACAUUUAAGGCUGUGUACUCAUCAGUGAAAGGUGCUAAAGUUGUCACUGAUAAGAACACUGGACGCUCCAAGGGCUAUGGGUUUGUCAAAUUUGGGGAUGAGAGUGAACAAGUGCGAGCUCUCACUGAAAUGAAUGGAGUGCUAUGCUCUACCAGGCCCAUGAGAAUUGGGCCUGCUGCUAAUAAGCAAACUGUUGGUACACAGCAGAAAGCAUCUACAUAUCAAAAUCCUCAAGCAAGUCAAGGCGAGAGUGACCCUAAUAAUACGACAAUAUUUGUUGGUGGGCUGGAUCCCAAUGUUACUGAGGAGCAUUUAAGGCAAGUGUUUUCCCCGUAUGGAGAGCUGGUUCAUAUAAAAAUAGUUGCAGGAAAGCGUUGUGGCUUUGUUCAAUUUGCUACCAGGGCUUCUGCAGAGCAGGCUCUAUCAAAUUUGCAGGGUACACAGUUAGGAGAACAGAACAUUCGGCUUUCAUGGGGACGCAGCCCUUCCAACAAACAGUCAUCAGAGCAGCCAAAAUGGGGUGGUGGUGGUUCCUAUUAUGGAUAUGCACAAGGGUAUGAGGCUUAUGGAUAUGCUCCACCUCCUCAAGACCCUAGUAUGUACUAUGGAAGUUAUCCUGGAUAUACAAACUAUCAACAGCCACAUCAGUGAUAUGUUGCUAAUGAUCAACAAGGCUGGUGAACUGGUGUAUAACAAGCUAUGCUGAUUGCUGAUAUUCCCAGUUAGUGAUACUGGCCACACUAUGAAUGCCUGGCAUGCACCCUUGUUUUCUUACCUUAUGUUUUUCUUCUUUUCUUUUUUUCCUUUUUUUUUUUUAAUUGUUGAAUUCGGGGACUUAAUACUGUGUUUGUGUAAUACUCUUGAGCAAUUCACCUAUAGUGUUUAUGAGUUGUGUCGUUAUGUUUAUAUUGUCA